AUGGCAUCUGAUCCCCCCACAUCACCCGCGGCUCUUUUGCUGCUUCCUCCGCCAACAUCCUUCACCUUCAGACCGGUGAAGGAUGUUUUCGAAAAACCUCUCGCCGAGGUUUUGGUGAAUCUUGCGAAGGCUCUUAAUGGAUCCAGCUCCAUCGCUACCCUCGACAUAGUUUUGCAAAUUCCUGAUCUGCUCUCGUCAUCCGCCAGGCCGCAAGCCAAAGUCUUUGCUUCGCUGCAGCACUAUCUAACCAGCAUCUAUACUCUCACCGGAGCUGUCGCGGCUGCACACAACAUUGAAUUGGAUUCUCCCGGUGGGAUUGAUGCCCGGAUACUAUUUACUGGAGACUCUUCUUCCAGCGCGUCUACUGCCUGUGGCCUGAGGUUCGGACCUAUUGUCGAUUUGCAAUCUUUAGUGACCUCGGGCCGACGGUGGAACCAUGUGUACUACCUCAACAACGAGGCCGGCGGCAGGCUAUUCCAGGAAUUUUUUCGCAUACACGAGGCUCAGAACGUUCAUGCUGUGAUCAACGAGCAAGCCAUCUCAAAUAUCUCCAAUUGGACUGCUCCGGUGUCUCCUCUACUCCCAGAGGGCCAUGAAAGCGUCUCAUUUCAGCCCCACUACUCCGUGAUCGUUGGCGGCACUUUCGACCAUCUUCACUUGGGCCACAAGCUUCUUCUCACCGCGCUGGCGCUCACACUAGAGCCGCCAAGUGAAGCUGACCAGGGACAGGAGAGAUUGCUGACUGUCGGAGUCACGGGAGAUGCCCUCUUGAAGAACAAGAAGUAUGCCGAGUUCCUCGAAAGCUGGGAUGCUCGCUUCCAGAGCACCGCUGCCUUCCUCCGUGCAAUAAUGGACUUCUCCCCUGGUAAUGCGCCCCGCACUGAGCGCACCACGGCACCCGGUCCCAACGGCAACUUUGUGGUGAUGAAGAUCCAGCCCAAUCUGAUCUUCAAGUUCGUGGAGAUCUGGGAUCCCUAUGGACCGACAAUCACCGAGGAAAGCCUCACAGCACUGGUCGUCUCCAAGGAGACUGCCUCUGGAGGGGCCGCAGUGAAUGAUGAACGGGCCAAGAAAGGAUGGAAGAGCCUGGCUAUCUUCGAGGUGGACGUGCUUCAGACUGGCGAGGUCACGGAUGUCAUGGAUGCCAAUAAUUUCGAGUUGAAAAUCAGCAGCACGGACAUCCGGCGACGACGGAUGAACUUGGCCAAGGUAUGA